AGAAAAUGGAUGCCCAAAGGAACAACAAACGAGACCCUGAAUGAAUGCUCUAGGAAGCUGAAUAAAGAAAGUAUUGAACGAACGAAUGAAUUUGAAGAACUUACCACUACUUGUGAAAGAGAUUGGAGACAAACAUCCAAAAAGGGUAGUGACUAG